AUGUUUGCAUUAGGAGCCAAAGGCAUUUUCUCCCCAGAUAGUAAGUGCAGGGUGCUUCCUUGCUUUUGGUGGAUUCAUCCAGGAGGCUGUCAGAAACCACACUGCGCCUUUCGUCACCUGAAGGAACGCGGUGCGCACGGACUGACCGCACCGCUGAGCCACAAAGUUGACACCAGUGGCCUUCCUCCAAAGAGCGGCCUUGCAAAAAGUCUGGGGAACCAGACAGAGGUUGACAAGGCACCAGAGAGAGUUGACAUCCCAGCUUCCUCCCAUGGCCCGGCUGGACGGAAACGCAAACGGUCGGAGGAGGAGAAGGGAAAAGCGGGGGAAUCGCCCUGCAAGAAAAGAGUUAAAGGUGGGCGCAGGGUCUCUGUGAGGCCCAUUGAUUGGAAAAACACCUUCCCCCCAACGCGGAGACAGAAACGAAAAGCAGCAGAAAUUCAUCCAUCUGCUGCUGAGGACGCGGAUGAGCCCCCAGCUAAAAAACUACCAAUGGAGACUCUUGCUUCAGUCCCGCCUGAACACACCAUGGUCUGCGUCGAAGUCAUAAAGCUUCCAAGCAGUCUGGAGCUGCUCCCAGGAAGCCACGCAGACCCCAUGGCACAGCCAGAGGAAUCCAACACUACAUCAUGUUCCUCACAAGGGGCAGAAAAUUAGCAGCUGAGCUGCACAGGGGCGGGGGAAGCAGCCAUCACUGAAGACAACAACCUUGAGGAGCUUCUGAUGGAGCUCACAGAAGAACUGGAAGGAGAAACUGAUGUGACGU